AUGAUACCUACUGGGGCUAAACUGUCGGCACCAAACGGGACAAGAUGGACACAGCCUUUGGGGCUGUUUAUUGACAAUCAAUUUAGCGAAAGCAUUGGGGGAGACAUGAUAACGACAAUAAACCCAUACACGGAACGAGACAUAUGCUCUGUAUUCGCAGCUGGAGAGCCUGAUGUGGAUAGAGCAGUUCAAGCAGCUCGCAAAGCACUUAAACAGCCUGAAUGGAGGCUGCUGUCUGGCACCGAACGCGGUCACCUGAUGAAUCGAUUAGCAGACCUGGUAGAGAAGCACAGCGAGACACUAGCUGCUAUUGAGACGCUCGACAAUGGCAAACCGCUGUCGGUAUCCCGCAGCUACGAUGUGCCGCAUUUCUCCGAGGUCCUUCGCUACUAUGCUGGAUGGGCAGACAAGAACCCAGGCUCGGUUAUCGAUGUUGGCUCAAAGAAGAUGGCCUACACUGUGAAGCAACCCGUCGGAGUAUGCGGCCAGAUCAUCCCCUGGAAUUACCCGCUUGACAUGGCAGCGUGGAAACUUGGCCCGGCCUUGUCGUGCGGAAAUACCGUCGUGCUCAAGCUGGCGGAGCAAACGCCCUUGUCGAUGCUUUACGUGGCGUCACUUGUUCGGGAAGCGGGUUUCCCUCCGGGGGUCAUCAACAUCAUCAACGGAAGUGGCGGCGAGGCCGGUGCCGCUCUGGCGCGGCAUCCAGACGUGGAUAAAAUCGCUUUCACUGGCAGCACGGCAACGGGCAAGGAGGUGAUGCGAAUGGCCGCCGGAACACUCAAGGCUGUUACUCUUGAGACAGGCGGCAAGUCACCGCUGAUUGUUUUUGACGACGCAAACCUGGAGCAGGCAGUGAGAUGGGCACAUGAGGGCGUUAUGGCAAACCAAGGGCAAGUGUGUACGGCAACAUCGAGGUUGUUGGUGCAAGACGGCAUUUACGACCGCUUUGUGGAGAGGCUCAAGGCUUUCACUGAAGAAGCGUCGGUUCUGGGUGACCCAUUUGAGCCUCAGACGUAUCAGGGGCCACAAGUCGGCAAGGCCCAGGCAGAACGCAUCAUGUCCUACGUCUCAUCCGCAAGAGACGCCGGCGCCGAUGUCUUUCAUCCUCACAGACAGCCUGUACCAUCCAAGGGCUACUUCACCCCGCCGACGAUUCUCACAAACGUGGGCACCAACACAGCGGCCUUUCGAGAGGAGAUCUUUGGGCCGGUAGCAGCAGUUGCGCGAUUCAGCAGCGAAGAGGAAGCACUGGAGAUAGCUAACGCGACGAGAUAUGGACUCGCGGGCGCCGUCUUUACAAGGGACCUGGGGAGAGCACACCGUGUGGCUCGGGAUCUGGAGGCUGGCAUGGUAUGGGUGAAUAGCAGCAACGAUUCUGACACGAGAGUUCCGUUUGGAGGGAUCAAGGAGAGUGGUCUGGGGAGGGAGCUUGGCGAGGACGGGCUGAGAGGAUAUUAUACCGUCAAGGCGGUGCAUGUAAAUUUGACGGAUGAGUGA